UAGAACGCGGAAGCAGUUGUGCGAGCCAAGUAGUCCAUUAAUGCGAACUGGUGCAAGACAGUCCGCACUCAGCAGUUUUCCUCUAGAGGUUUUGAGACAGUAAAACUUGUAAUAUGGAACGUUGGAUAGGCAGGGUUGCUCUCGUCACUGGUGCCUCAGUUGGAAUCGGAGCAGCAAUCGCUAAGUCUCUUGUCCAGCAUGGCAUGAAGGUGGUCGGAUGUGCCAGAAACGUGGAACAAAUAGAGAAAUUAGCAACAGAAUGUGUUAGCUGUGGAUUCACUGGCACACUGCUUCCAUACAAAUGUGAUCUCUCGGUAGAGGAGGAAAUGUCAUCCAUGUUUGCCUGGAUUAAAGUCCAACAUCAGGGCAUUGACGUUUGCAUUAAUAACGCUGGCUUGGCUCUCCCUGAACCUAUAUUAAGUGGCAAAACCAGUGGAUGGAGGACCAUGAUUGAUGUGAAUGUUAUUGGACUGUCAGUGUGCACGCGUGAGGCUUACAUGUCUAUGAAAGAAAGAGAUGUUGAUGAUGGGCAUAUCAUUAACAUUAACAGUAUGAGUGGACAUCGGGUGGUGCCCAGUGCUAAUGUACACUUUUACAGUGCCACUAAAUAUGCCGUAACUGCUCUCACAGAAGGUCUGCGGCAAGAGUUACGGGAGGCUAAGAGCCACAUACGUGCCACAAGUAUAUCUCCUGGUAUAGUGGAGACUGAGUUUGCUUACCGGCUCUUACGUAACAACCCAGAAAAAGCAGCAGCUAGCUAUGCAAGUAUAAAGUGCCUAAAAGCAGAUGACAUAGCCAGUGCAGUGGUGUAUGUCCUAAGUGCUCCUCCUCAUGUCCAGGUAAGCAUG